UAGCCCCACUUGGACGCCGAGUCACCCCAAAAGGUAACAGAGCGCUGGGAGGGAGUUCUCUCGAGACUCGAGAGCCAGCAAGGAGGCAGCGCGGAGGCCAGGCCACCGUCGCGUGGCGUCCCACCACCCUCCCUCCCUCCUAUCGGAUCCCGCGACGAGCAGAUCGGGCCGUCCCAGGCAAUGGCUUCCCCGGCGGCGGAAGUAGCAGGCGAGCCAGCGGAGGGGAAAGGGAAGGAGGAGGAGACGAAGAAGGGGGGCGGGGUGCUGGGGAGGAUUUGGCGCGGGCUCUUCGGCGGCCGCGAGGACUACGAGAAGCGGCUGCAGUACCUGUCCAAGGAGGAGGCCGCGGUGCACGCGCGGAUGCGCCGCCGGACCCAGUUCUCCCGACGCACCGUCCGCAACAUCAUCGUCCUCUCCGUCCUCGCCGAGGUUGUGGCUGUUGCUUAUGCUAUCAUGAUGACAAGAAAUGAGGAUCUAACUUGGCAAAUGAGGGCAAUUCGUGUGCUGCCUAUGUUUGCUUUGCCUGCCAUAUCCUCUGUGCUAUAUUCAGCGGUUGUAAAUUUUACAAGGAUGCGUGAGCGGAAAGAUGAGAAAACACUUGAAAAGUUGAGGGCUGAGAGGAAAGCCAAGAUUGAUGAACUGAAAGAACGGACGAACUAUUAUCUUACCCAACAGCUUAUUCAGAAAUAUGAUCUCGAUCCAGCUGCAAAAGCUGCUGCUGCUUCAGCUUUGGCAUCUAAGCUGGGCGCGGAGUCUGGCUUAAAGAUACAUCUCGGGGAGGAACCAAAUUUGGAUGCAGCAGUGGCUAGGAGCAACGAAGUUGACAUAUUGGCAACAGAUGGGCUGAGAAAUAGGAAGCAACCGAAUGUAAGAGGUGGCAGGACUGGAAGUACGACAGCUGCUCAUACUUCCGCACAGGGGGCUGAAUCCAGUUCAACUCUUAGUGCUGGCCUGGAAAAUGUACAGCCUCAAAGGGUUGUCGAACAUUAUCAAGGUUCAGGGGCAAGUGAUGGUGGUUGGGUUGCAAAAAUCGCUGCCUUACUUGUGGGGGAGGACCCAUCACAGUCGUAUGCCUUGAUCUGUGGCAAUUGCCAUAUGCAUAAUGGCUUGGCCCGGAAGGAAGAUUACCCACACAUCACAUACUAUUGCCCACACUGUCAUGCACUAAACACAUCAAAGCAGUCCACGGUGCACUACUCAGGCUCCAGCUCAGGCCCGUCGACCCCCAUUGCUCCUGCUGAUGGACUAUCUACUACAAGCUCAGUAGUAGAGAGUGAAUUGAUUAACAUGGCUACAGUGCAGGAGCUGCCAAAGGAAGAACAUGAAGAGAAGCAAGAAGUGGAGGCAAGUUGAUGGCUUAUACUAUUACUGUUGGUCUUUGUGAAAUUAGUUCAGCUUUGCGGCAUAUAUCGUGGUGUUUCAACUUUCAACUGGUUUGAGCCGCAGAUGUAGCACUGUUGUAAAAUUGGUAAUAGUGACCGAUAUGAUCCACAGCAACCCAGUACAAUAAUAUCUUUAGCCACCUUACGUGUGACCAUCCUUAAGUGGAUGAAUUUUGUUGCCAAUGGAGAUUGCCGGACUGGAGAGUGAAGGCUGCCUGCUGCCUGUAAAGAUGAGGUUGGGAAGUUAUGAGAUGGAGGCGAACAGGUCAGUUGGUAAUGUUGAAACUGGGUGGUGUAUAACAUACUACGUGAUUGGUGUAGUACAUGCCUCCAAUGCUCCAAUUCUAUUUUAGGCACAUUUGUUUGCAGUUUAUUCCGUUGGAGACGAGGAAGAUGGAAUUUUUAUGACAGUGUUUUGACCUCCACCUUUAUAGAUGUAUACUCAAGUUUGUAACGUUUUUAGCAUUUCAUC